AUGUGCAAUGCAGGACUCCUAACAAAACAAACACACAGAGCACAGCCCUCUGUCUUCUCUUGCCGUUUCUGCAGUUUGGGAGCACAGUCCGAAAGUCAGACUCAUGUUGACCGGUCUGGCAGGGCGAAAAUGGUCAACGUGGGUUCGAAGCUGGUGACAGAACGGACUGCUACAGCACGAGCAAAGGUUUUUGUGGGACCCGAACUGAUGAAACUCAUACGAGAAAAUGGCCUGAAGGUACUUAGCGUUGCUCGCCUGGCGGAAAUUGUGGGGUCCAAGCAGACGUCCAGCCUUAUCCCUCUGUGUCAUAACAUAUCUUUAUCCUCUGUGGCUCUGGACAUUGAACUGGACUCUGCUCUCAACUGUGUGAUUAUAACUGGCACGGCAAAGUGUAGAGGGCAGAUGGGCAUGGAGAUGGAAGCUCUCGCUGCUGUAUCGGUGUCUGCCUUAACAGUGUACGAUAUGUGCAAAGCUGUGAGUCAUGACAUUGUGAUAUCUGAAAUAAUGCUUCUGGCCAAAAGUGGGGGAACUAGAGGAGACUUCCACCGGACAUGA